GCCAAUGGGGAAGUUCGCUUGUUUGUGUGAAGCAAGCGGUGCAAAUAUAAAAUCGGGAAUAAGAGAUGGUAGAAAAUAAAUUGAGGAACAUACAAAUCAAAGAGGAAAAUCGGCAUCAGAAGGUGUUUUAUACCCUUUUUUUUCCUACUCUCAGAAAGCCGAAGCGAAGAUUUGGUGAAGGUCUCUGGUACUGACUGGCCAAAGUUUAAGGGGAUUUCCUCUGUAUUCCCAGUAGCAUCUGUAACAUCAUUAGCCAUGGCUCCAUCAUUGGCCACAGCCUUCUCCAGGCGUUGGUGGAUGGCAGUUACUGCGGUUAUUGAAAACCUGCUGUUCUCUGCCGUGCUGCUCGGAUGGGGCUCAUUGCUCAUUAUGCUGAAAUCAGAGGGCUUUUACUCCUACCUCUGCAGAGAGCCAGGUAACAGUACAGGGCAGAAUGUGUCUGAGAAUGGCAAUGGUACGACAACGAACCCCUCAGGUCAGGAGGAGGAAGAGGAGUUCCUUCAGAUGAAUGGCUGGGUCAUUUGUAAAGAGCAAGAUGAGAUGCUGAACCUGGCCUUCACCAUCGGCUCCUUCCUACUCAGUGCCAUCACACUGCCCCUCGGCAUCAUAAUGGACAAGUACGGCCCACGCAAAUUACGGCUGCUUGGAAGUGCCUCCUUUGCCCUCUCCUGCAUCCUGAUUGCAAAUGGAGCCAGCGACCCUAGAAAUCUCUCCAUCCUGAUCUUCUUCGCCCUGGCACUGAAUGGGUUCGGAGGCAUGUGCAUGACCUUCACCUCGCUCACACUUCCCAGCAUGUUUGGUGAUCUUCGUUCGACGUUCAUUGCACUCAUGAUUGGCUCAUACGCCUCAUCUGCCGUCACAUUCCCAGGGAUAAAGGUGAUUUACGACCUCGGUGUUGCCUUCAUCACUAUCCUUCUGGUGUGGGCUGGCUGUGCCGGCCUGGUCUUUAUCAACUGCUUCUUUAACUGGCCCCUCGAGCCCUUCCCAGGACCUGAGGACAUGGAUUACACUGUGAAGAUCAAGUUCAGCUGGCUGGGCUUUGACCAUAAGAUCACAGGCAAACAGUUCUACAGGCAGGUGACCACCGUUGGUCGGAGACUGAGUGUAGGUAAUUCCAUGAAAAACCAUCCGAAACAGAUGGCCACCCAGGAGGGCAAUAAACUUUGCCUUUCCACCCUUGAUCUGGAGGUCCAGUGCAAGCCUGAAGAGAAUGCCCAGUCCUUCAUGCAGAGCAUCUUCAGCCCCAUAUUCAUGCUUAGCCUCAUCACAAUGUGUGUGACUCAGCUCAGACUCAUCUUCUACAUGGGAGCCAUGAACAAUAUUCUGGAGUCCCUUGCUGAUGGAGACCUAAACAAAGUGGAGAGGAUGGAAAUGGUGAGCACAUACACAUCUAUCUUUGGGGUUCUGCAGUUGCUCUGUCUCAUGACGGCCCCCGUGAUUGGUUACAUCAUGGACUGGAGGCUUAAAGAGUGCGAGGACGAAAAUGAGAAAGAAGUCGCAAUGGAUCCUGGUCAUCCAAAGAAACGUGACAAGCAGAUCCAGAAAAUUAGCAACGCCACCCGUGCGUUUAUCUUCACUAACUUGUUGCUGGUCGGAUUUGGGAUGACCUGCCUGGUGCCAAACCUUCAUCUACAGAUUUUGUCCUUUGUGUUGCAUACUAUUGUAAGAGGCUUCAUCCACUCUGCAGUUGGCGGUUUGUAUGCUGCUGUGUACCCAUCAUCUCAGUUCGGUAGUCUGACAGGAAUGCAGUCUCUCAUUAGCGCACUUUUUGCAUUGCUGCAGCAGCCUCUCUUCAUGGCCAUGAUGGGCCCACUGGAGGGAGAUCCACUUUGGGUAAAUGUGGGGUUACUGGUCCUGACCAUGCUGGGCUUCUGCCUACCAUGCUAUCUUCUGUGCUACGGCAGGCAGCUGCGCAGACAGAAGAAGGAGCGUGAGGACGACCCCAAGAUCUAUUUUCAGAUCAACAACAGCACCAACCCCGAGGCCUUUGUCUGACUCUAAACACACAUAUAACAGCAGCCAGAGAGAGAGAGAGAGAGAGAGAGAGAGAGAGAGAGAGAGAGAGAGAGAGAGCAGGAGGAAGGAGGGAAAAUGUGUGAGAGGACUGCAGGCCACAAGACAAGUGAUAAUACCUCCCUGUUCCCUCCAUCAGUCUGCACCUGCACUCAAACACUGAUGAAUUACUACACACACAAAACACAUAUGAUCAACAGUCCAUUCUGUGACACACAAAGAGGCACAAUUACAGCCAAAGCAACUGAGAGAGUUUCACCAUGUGCCACACAAACACACGUUUACAUACUCCCUAGACAAGUGGACUGAAUGAACACUGUGAAAGACAAGUCUCAGAGCUAAAGGCCACAUCCUCUGCUCUCACCCUCUCUUCUCUAAUACGGAAGGCCAUACACCCAAAAAAUGAUGCACUUGUUCUGGAAAUAGACAAGGGCAACAUCUAGACUUUAUGUAUUGCCUGACAAGAAAGAAGAGAAAGGCACACUCUGUCCUUCCCUCGUUUCCUGUGUUUAGUUUUUUUUUAGCAUUUCACAUUAUGGCGAUAUGAAAGGCGAAGCAUUCAAAGUCAGUGAAAUUCUCUCAGGUUUGAGGCAGUCUGACAAUGCUUCCUCAACAGAGUAUUAAAUGUGUAUCACUAGUGUUUAGCCAGUAAUCAAGCUUGUUUUCAAACGCAACCUAGGCCAAAACACUUUCCUCAUUGUUAGUUAGGUAGCAAAAUGGACUGAUUUUAAAUCAGUAUGAAGACUUUACAUAUCUCAAGCCCGCAAAGCUCAUGAAAUUCGUUGUCGUCUUAUUUUUCAUCUGUCAGACAAAAGACAUGGACCCUCCUUUCCCAGUUGGCCCUGACUUGUGGUUGUUAAAACCAACUUAAAGCAUAAAUAUUCUGCACAUUAUCUGUCCCAGUUGUGCCCUCUGCAAUUAGAGACAAGUGGCUAUCAUUGUCUCCUCUGGGCUGUUAAUUAAAAUGGACAGAUGCAAAAACCCAAAGGGCAGAUUUGACUUUUUAAUCUCAUAUAUGCCAGCAUGCUAUGGACAGCAUGAGCAUGAAACUGUAGUUUUUUCUGGACUGGGCUGAUUUUAAAAGAUUUUCAGUCCAUAGCAAUUGAGACAAUUCUGAAGAGAGAUAUGUGCUAUUUUUUGCUUUGGCAUGUACAUUCAUCAAGGGAAAGAUGAUCUAAACUGGCAUUUCUCAAACUUGGUUACAUUUUGUACUUGUGGGUCUAAAAUAAUUUUACGGUUUAGGACUGGAUAUAUGUGGAUUAGCUUCACAUUCAGAUCAAGAGUGACUGAUCUUCACCAGCAAUACUAUUCCACACUGAUCAUACAGUUAAUCUGAAGGUCCGUUACCUAUACUACUUACCCAUACAAUACUACUGGUUGGUCUUCACUUUCCUUGUAUGACUCGUUUGUUUUGACUUUGAAUUAUUCAGGGUGUUUCGCUUUUCAAGUAAUAAUAAUAAUUCAUAUCAGGUGUAUCUACCUGCAAUAUGAUCCCUUCAAGCUUUGCUCUGUCACUUGAUUAAGUUAUAUGCAUUGAAGGGUACAAAUCGAGAUGCGGUGUAAAGUAUACACAGUAUACUCUGUAAAGAGAUUAGGGUAAAUGAAAGAUGUUAUACCUUUAAUAUCUUGCACUACAGUAAAAAAGGUCUCAUUACAGAGGUGCUUAUGUUAGCCAUUACAGAGUAUAUGCAUACUGUUUCAGCAUUACAGUAAACAUUUUAGCCAUAAAAUAAGCCAAGAAAUAAGACUAUUUAACUGAGGUGCUUAAAAAACAAACAACAAACAAAAAACAGGAAUAGAACUGUUUUCUAUUUGGGUCAAGUAGUGGCUGUUUAGUUACUCCUACACAGACACACCUUGAGGUGACAAGAACUUGAAUUUAAUGCACAACCAUAAAAAGGGAGAUUUUUGAGACAUGCUUGAUGACAAUCCCUUUGGAAAACACUCAUUCUUGUAGCUACUAAUUGUUAUUUGCAAGCCAGUAUUGUAUAGCUCAGCAAAAUAUUUCUCUGCAAAGAUUGAUUGGAAGAGGUUGAAGUCACGUCCUCCUUUUAACAGUAUUUAUUUCACAAUAUAAUGUACAACCUUAGAGUACCUGAAAAGACCAUUCUGGCACCUUUUAAUCUAACCUGUUUCAUAUGCCCAUAGUUUCAAGUUGUUAGAAGUGCAGGAUUCUUUAAUAGUGGAUUGAAUGUGUUGUCCAUAAAUGUGAUCAGAUUUUUAUGGCCGACCCUUUGUUACUGAAGAACGGGUCAGAUCCACCCAACACCAUCCACUUUUUGUCUGUCACACUUCAUGUGAAUAUUUAAUUGGAGCUGAGGCUAGAUGUGUGUCCUUGAUGGACUGCAUUUGCUUGAACAUGCCUAGACAGUGCAAGUGAAUACCACUCCAAUGCAGUACUGUACUAAGCGUAAUGAAUGUGAGGGUAAAAACAUUUGCUCUCAGAACGAGAAGUAGCACUUUUUUCACUGCCAUACCUUAAAUGUUCAUUCUUUUCCCAAUACAGUAAGUCAAAUGUUUCUUUGGUUUUAUAUAUUGAUUUUUGAUCGAAUUGCCCAUACAUAGAGAUGUUAUAGGUAGGCUGUAGGUGAAAAGUGGAAAAGAUUGUCUGUAACACCAAUGUUUUCUCUCUGUAUUGUAUUGUAUCUUUUAGUGCAUUCAUUUUUUUUUUCAUUUUCUUUUUGUAGGUUGUUUUUCUGUUAUAUGUACAGUAUGUGUACAUUGUUUUUCUAUUUUUCUUUUUUUGUGGGUGUUUAUAUACUGUAUUUGGCUUUUGGGUUACUUCAUUAUAUCAUUAAUAUGGCAAAUUA